AUGCAUUUCCAUUGGACGUUCGUGUUGUUGGUGCAUCUCAUGAUUUCCAAUGGAAAAUCUCGCGCCAUAGAGGAUGCUGUGAAAUGUUGCGGUUUGGACCACAUUCUAUUCAAAUCAGAGAAUUCGAGCUUCAGGUGUGCCAAAGAUACCGUGAAAAGGCUGACCAUUUUCGCCAACCAGACAAACUUUUUGGACACCGAAACCGACGGCCAGUGCGUAGAAGUCUACAACGACCAGGCAUACACAUUCACCAUUCGAAACGGCGAUAUCGCAGAAGAAACCCCACUGACCUCCCAAAUUUUUCAAAAAUGCUGCCCGUUAGGAUACUCCUACCAUCCGCAACUCCACGCCUGCACCAAGACCGACCUUGCCGAAGAAGACUUCAUCACGGGAAACGUGGUGCGAGUGGGACUGCCCCAAUGCAAACUCAUAGUGGACUACGAAUUGGACGACAGGGGCUUUUGGAGCGGUUCCGAUUUUUGCGUGGACAGGAACGUGGAGGGUGGUUUCGUUAGGAGGGAGUGCAGAGAGGACACGGAGAUUUGCGGGGGGAUACGGUGUGUCAGGAAAUGCUGCGCCGAUGGCCAGAGUUUCGUGAACGGAUCGAAUUGCGUGGACACGUUCACCAAUGGAUUGGAUUUGACGUUCUCCACGAGCAUUGAUAAUCCAAGAGGUCCUUUCGCUGUAAUAUCGAACCGGACAUGCAAGAGAAUAUACAGGAUGGGCGAGAAAAGAUACACCUUCAAUCUCUUAGAGGACGGCCGGUUUAGGUACUGGCAAAACUACACAGAGUCUUACGUCUACGAAGACGUAUCUUCUCAGAGUUCUUACUGCAUCGAACACUCGGAAAAAGCAGGGGCGCACGGAUUUUUUUUCUUCAAGUGCUUCCCCGAGAAAGGGGUCAAGGAAAAGUUCAUUUUUUCCAGGUGGCCAAAGAUAGUAUCUUGCAUUUUCUUGGCAUUGACCAUAUUGAUAUACGUGCUACUGAAUGAAACCAGGACAAUUUUUGGAAAGAUUCUGAUGAACUACUGCGUUGGGACAAUGUUCAUGUUUUCGCUGUUGACCUACUCCCAGUACCACAUAAAGACAUCAAAUAGUUUAUGUAAAUUGGCAGGAUAUGGUUUGAUAUUUUUCUCUACUGCUUCUUUCGCCUGGCUGAACGUUAUGUGUUGCGACAUAUGGUUCACAUUCGGUGGCUAUCAAUGUAACAUCACAAGAUCAACCAAACACUCUGUCGGACUCUACCAACGCAGGAGGGACUUAAAAAAAAUUCUUUGGUACACCCUGUAUGGUUGGGGAAUGCCUACCGCCCUGAGUCUGAUAAUCUACGGAUUCAGCCAAUCGAUAAUUCUACCAUACGCGAUUCAUCCAUACGUGGGGUCUACAUCAUGUUUCAUUGAAUCAAGAAAAGGUAACUAUGCAGCAACUCUGUUCCUGCGUUUUCCCCAUUGUUUGAUUCAAAUCGUCAACACCGUACUAUUCUUCAAGACCAUUCUCUACUGCAUGAAGAUCAAAAACGAAAUCAACAGAAUCAAUGACACAACAAAGUAUGAGAAGAAGCACAGGUUCAAGAAAGACAAAGAAAGGUUGUUUCUGAUACUGAAGUUAUCAGUGAUAAUGGGACUUGGUUUCAUCUUCGACACCAUCUCUGGAUUUGUGGUAAUGAGCGAACUAGGAUCCGUACCAAAAUACAUCGAAAUCGUGUGGGACUGCUUCAAUUGCUUACAAGGUACUUAA